UGCAACGGCUUUCAACCAUGUGACCAAUGUACCAAGAAGGAGGUGCAAUGUGUAUUUGCCUUUGCGCCUUUGACCACUAACAGUGGCAAUGAGGCCCUUAUGGAAAAACUAGACCUUGUAUUAUCGCGCCUAGAUAAACUCGAAGAAGAAGUAGGCCGGCAGGCCGACGCCUUGCGUAAUAAUCAGGUGCAAGUGAAACAGCAACAAUACCACUUCAGGCGACGGUCCAGCGGCGUUGCCCAGUUGAACCAACAGACUGGUUGUUUUGAGUAUUAUGGUCAAACUUCAACAUUUACUAUAGCAUCUUGCCUGGGGAAGAGAUUCAAUCAACCCGAAGAUGUUUCGAAUAACAGCCCAUCAACUAACGACCGCCGGGAGGAUUCGAUUGCUGGACACCAGCCACCCCGCGGGAAACGUCCUAGGACUCUUGACUUAGAUGAGCUUACCAGCUUUUGCGACUACGUUGUGCCGCUACACGGCUUGCGUAGUGACCGUUACUUGCGCGGAAAUAUCACUGAUAGACACGCGGAUAACUUCUUUCGUGCUAUCCACAUACUCCUCCCUAUUUUGGAUCCUGCGGCUUUCAAGGCGCGAUAUGACUCGUUACGCCAUCUUUUUGGCGAUCGACGGCUCUUCCUUACUACUCCAGAUGACCCAACGCGGCCACAAUUCGUUUGCCUACUUUUUUCAGUGCUUGCACUGGGUGCAUUGUAUGAAGACGAACACGAAGAUAGUUCAUCAUGGGCUUCAUGGUAUUUUGCUGAAGCCCAAGAAAUGCUGGGACGGCUUCUGAUGGCGAGCAACAUUCAGUUGGUCCAAGCUUCAACACUUCUGGGAGCUUACGCUCAGCAUGCAAUUCAACCUAACUUGGCAUAUAUCCUCAACGGCGUUGCAAUGAGGCUGGCAUUUUCAAAUGGCUUAAAUGUCGAGUCAUUGCACUGCUCGCUUGGGUUUGAUAUCCAAGAAGCAAGGCGUACCUGGUGGCUUGUGUAUAUCCAAGAAGUAGAACUCAGCCUAGACUCAGGCCGACCCAUGACUCUCCGAUCUUCCGAGAUGAAUGUGAAAUAUCCAAAUGUUGAGCUUCCAUCGGAAGGCGAAGCUGUGACAGAGUCUGCCCAGAUUAUGUUUAUACCGUUCUUGGCAGAAAUAGCUAAAAUCAUGCGAAGAAUCAUGAAGCUCGCUACUGAGCCUGUUGAGCCCGUCGAGCAGAGCGAUUUCAUUUUAGACCAAAAAGAAGCGUUGCGCCUUGACUUAAUGCAAUGGCAUGCCUCGCUACCAAGCUACCUUGCUUUCGAAGAUGCUAUUCAAGACGCCAAUAACAGCGAUGCCUCACCGUGGUUACACAGUUGGGAAGCUCGACAACAAAGUAGCCUUCGAAUACAUUAUUACCUUGCCAUCAUUAUAUUGCUUCGUGGCCCAAUCCCAAGAAAAUCACCUGAGCUCCUUGCUUUGAGGACUCACCCAUUAUUUAGCCUUCAUCAGUCUUGCCACUUGAAUGCUGCUAGAAACAUGAUACGGCAUAUUUACAAGUUGUUCAAGUCUGCGCCAUACCUACGACGGUGGAGCUAUUAUUGCUUUUACUGUCUCCAGGCUACACUUGUCAUCUUGCCCAAAGUUGCUGACGAUUUGGAUCGCUCCCGAUGUCAGCCGCAAAAGGAUGCCUGUCUCGUGCCUACUCCACUUUCUUCGACACAAGCCGACGGAGAGAUGAUUGAGGACGACGUGGGACUCUGUAAUAUGGCUGUCGAAGUUUUCAAAACGAUUGAAUUGAAGGCUUCACAGCGUUGCGCCAUCGUUGUCCGUCAAUUUCUCGACAGCUGGGAAGCAAAGAAAAGAAAUGACAGCCUCGGCAAGAGCCAUAUCUCUAUUAGCGAUGAUGAUUGCGAAGUGAGGCGAUCAGCCUCGACAAGAGUACCACCUGAGCACCCCGCGGAAUCGUCAUCAUUUCCGAGUAACCCUUCAAUUAUCAACGAAGACAAUAGUACCCAUGUAUCGCCAAGGUCUUCUCAAGCUGGGCCCAAUGUGGUUGAUAGUAUUAGAGGCGUUGGUGGCAGUAGCUCUUCGUCUCUGCCAACGUCUUUCAGUGAGUUCGAGGAGGAACUCUAUGGCGCAUUUUAUGGCAUCUUGGAUUCUGGCUUUCAUGUCGAUGAGCAGCAGUAUGGCGUCGGUAGUCAGGCCUUGGAGAAUCACGCGAUGCGCGCGGGAAUGCAUGCGAGACCGGAACAAAGCUGGGCUUCAGCUUCACGCAAUAUCAUGCCGCCUUGCGACAACUGCGGUAGGCAUGAUUCUUUGGUAUGA